AUGUCUGAGCUACAUAGUCUACUAACCUUUCCGGUGAGACCAAUUUCGGAAGAGCACUAUCUUGGGGAGCUCUCUCGGUUCCUAAAGGCUGGUAUUCCUGCAACGUACACGUUAGAGCAAGUGGCAGCGUUUGAAAGAAGUGAGCUUCGAGAAGAUGCUGAUGAGGUAUCUGAUGAGGAGGAGCAAUCCAAUACUACUCCGUUGCAUAUACUUGCCAGGUCGUUGCCUGGAAACCUGAGCGAUGAUGAAGAGCAAGUGGUGUUACACAUGAUGGAUAUGCUUUUUGAGUAUGGUGCCGGGUGGAAUUUUAUAGACUUCGAGAACAAAACGGUUGGUGACUUGAUUCUCGAAAGAAAUGGUGGUAACAGAGAGUCUCCAUUAUAUCAGCGUGUCGUCGAAGCGGGAGUUAGUGCUGAAUUACUACUUCGUAAGUUGAAUGGAGGUGACGUGGAAUUCAUCGAUGAAAAUGAGAUUGAUAUAUGUGCUGAGGCGUCAGCGGAAGUGGUACCAAAAGAUGCACUUGAUGACAGCACGGGCAAGGUUUCAUCUGUUUCGGAUGAUGAUGCUACUGCAGCAGAUCCAGACACCUACUUAAAUACAAAAUUAAAGUAUACAGAAGAUGCGCUGAUAACAGAAAACAAUAAAGAUGGUGUUAUGAUGGAUUGGGAAACUGACAUAAUGAAACUAGCUGCUGAUACAUUGGUUUCACGCAAACCAGUGGGAGAGUCUGUGGUACUUAAUAUUGGAUUUGGUAUGGGCAUCAUUGACACAUUUAUACAAGAGAGGAAUCCAAAAAAACACUAUAUUUGCGAAGCGCAUCCCGAUGUACUAAAGAAAAUGAAAAAUGACGGUUGGUAUCAGAAGCCAAAUGUUGUGAUUUUGGAGGGUAAAUGGCAAGACUCACUGAACAAAUUAUUAGAUGAGGGUAAUGUGUUUUUUGAUGGAAUAUAUUAUGACACAUUUAGUGAACACUACGAAGAUAUGCUGGAUUUAUACGAUAUCGUUGUCGGUCUGGUUAAUCCAGAAGGUGUUUUCUCGUUCUUCAACGGGUUGGGUGCUGAUAGACCACUUUGUUAUGACGUUUAUAAGAAGAUUGUAGAAGUUGAUGUUGCAACUUAUGGUAUGAAUUGUGAAUACACAUAUGUCGAUUUGAAGGGCAAGCUUCCUGAUUGGAAGGAUGUGAAAAGAUCAUACUACAAUUGUGAAUAUUAUUACCAUCCCAAAAUAUCAUUUGCAUGA